AUGCUUUCUAUGUGUGGACUCUCUUUGCACUGCAGUCUCCUUACAUCUAUUUUCAUCGUAUUGCUUUCAAGUUUUGUUGAAGUCACAUCAGGUACCAAUGAGAAUUCAACAGUCCGUGAAGCCCGCUCGGCGGGUGACAGGGCUCUGGUGCAGCCAGUGGACUGUGAUCUGUCGGAGUGGAGUCCAUGGUCACGAUGUGACAUUUGUCAGCGAAAAAGAUAUCGCUAUGGCAAAUUGAGCCAGCCAUCACAGUUUGGAGGGGAGCCAUGUCAUUUUCACGACAGGGAGGAGGAAGGCUGCGAGGUUCCAGCACGUUACAUCUGUAACAACAUGCCGGUGUGCGAAGGUUUCCUUUGCAACCAAACAGGUCGCUGUAUUCCAAGAACGCUGCAGUGUAAUGGUGAGGAUGACUGUGGAGACAUGUCAGAUGAAGUUGGAUGUAAGAUGAGUCAGAAGCCCUGCAGAUUUGAGGCUGAGGAGUACUGGGGUAUUGAGAACCUUGCCAAAGGAAUCAACAUCAUUAAUAGCAAUCUGGAAGGAGUUGUUCUUGAUAACAGAUAUUAUGCUGGCAGUUGUUUGUCUCAUUAUAUCCAGGAUGUCCAAUUUAGGAAGCCUCACAACUUGCAGCAGUACACUUUGCAGACGAGGGGCGGGUACGAUUUCACUUUGGAGGCUUUUGAGUCGUACUCCGACUACAUGAAUCAAAUCAUGAAGGAGCGGAUGACCCAAACCAUUGUUUCCGUUGGCUUUGCCAUUCCAGGUAUUGUUGAAUUUGGUUUCAAUUACAACAAAGCCAAAUACUCCAAGUCCAUCCAAAAGAUUCGUCGAGCCUCCGGCAAAGCUUACAGCUUCAUAAGGGCCAAAGCUGAGUUGGAGUUGGCCCAGUACAUGCUCAAGUCAGAAAACUUGGUGUUGAACACCGAGUUCUUGCAGCGCCUUCGCUCCUUGCCUCAGUCCUACAUUUAUGGCGAAUACAGGCAAAUCUACAGAGACUAUGGCACGCACUACGUCACAGAGGCCACCUUUGGAGGAAUGUACGAAUACACCGUUAUCCUGGAUAAAAAAAAACUUGAGAAGACGGACUAUUCUUUGACGGAUUACAAAUCAUGUAUGCAGUCAGGAUUUAAGGUUGGUGCCAACAUUUAUGGCGUCUAUGUGUCCGUGGGCUAUCAAGGUGGAUCCUGUGAUGGCCUCCUCAAUGAGAUGGGAGAUGAGACGUCAAAUGGUAGCAUGGUGGAGGACAUCGUGGCGGUGGUAAGGGGGGGCAGCAGUGAAUCAAUAACUGCUUUGGUGUCCCAUAAGCUUCCAUUGCCACAUCUGAUGAGACUCUGGGGCGAGGGAGUGCGCUUCAACCCUGACUUCCUUCGCAGAACGACCCGACCUCUGUACGAAUUGAUCACCUCCAAAGAAUUCACCCAUGACACCAUCUUGAGGAGAAAUCUUAAACGGGCCCUGUUUGAGUACUUGGAAGAGGCCAGUUCGUGCCGAUGUGCUCCCUGCCGCAAUAACGGAGUUGCCAUACUCAGAGGCAAUAGAUGUGAUUGCGUGUGCCCUUUAGGCUACAGUGGCUAUGGUUGUGAGGUGACACACAGACAACAGACAGAUAUAACCAUCGAUGGCAGCUGGAGUUGCUGGGGUUCAUGGUCCGCCUGCAGUGGAAGAACAAUGACAAGGAGUCGACAGUGUAACAACCCGACGCCCAGCAAGGAAGGCCUUCCGUGCAGAGGCUUGCAUCAGGAGUCCACUGAAUGCUUUUAA